GCAGGAGCCAGACCGGAAGCAUCAUCACUGUAGUCGGAGCAGACAUGAAAAUGACAGAAGAAAGCAGUUCUGGAAACUCCGAAAUAACAAUGGAUGAUGUUAAAACCCUCAUCAAAAAGAAAGAUGAAAUUGAAGAGCAGAUAAAGGCAUAUUACGACGUUCUACAAGACCAGGGUGUCGGCAUUGAAGACCCGUUGGUGGAUGAGGAGGGUUACCCACGAGCUGAUGUUAAUUUGUACCAGAUCAGAACAGCAAGGCACAAUAUUUCAUGCCUACAGAAUGAUCACAAGGCCAUCAUGGCAGAGAUAGAAGACGCCCUGCACAAGCUGCAUGCUCGAGAGAAAGCCAAGAGGGAACAGGAUGAAGCAGAAGCCCAGGAGGAGUCAAUGGAGCAUCAGGUUACGCUGCCUCCUCCCUUUGCACGGGUGGACACUGUGACAGAGGGAUCGCCUGCCAGUGGAGCUGGGCUCAGAGUUGGUGAUGAAUUGAUUGAGUUUGGCUCUGUGAACACAGAGAACUUUCAGAAACUUCAGGAUAUUGCUUCUGUGGUGCAACACAGUGAAGGGAAACCAUUGCGUGUGUCAGUGAUCCGGGCUGGCCAGAAAGUGCAGAUGAGCCUGACUCCACAGCGGUGGUCAGGCAGAGGUCUGCUUGGGUGCAACAUUGUUCCAGUUCAUCGAUGAUCACCUCAACACUAAAGUGUCUUAAUGGGAACUUGGAACCACCUCCUUCAUUCCACACAGUUUUCAGAAUGGGUUAUAUGAAAAUAAAGCACCUCUGUUCAAGAAGUCAUGCUGAGUUGACUGAGUGGGGGAGCUGAAGCUUGAUUAGAUUUCCAAGUUUAAAAAAGCAGCUCAGUGGUAUUUGGUGUUGAGUCUUUCCUCUUGGGAGCACAGAUGCACUCUUAUCCAAAAUAUUAAUUUAAAAUAUGAAAAUCCAGUGAUCUGAAGUGAUGAACUGACACUCAAAAACAAACUGUGAGAACAUGAUUGAUUUUCUGUAAGAAGAUAAAUUAUCACCAUGUUUUUCAUGCAAUUAAAGAUUUUGAUUGAA